AUUUUGUGGGGAUGGGACGGGAUGGGACGGGGAUGUGGAUGAAUGGAUGGAUGGAUGGAUGGAGGUGGGGUCCUUGGAGGCGGCGGCGGCGGCGGCAGCGGCAGCGGCAGUGGCGCGGCGGGCGGGCGGGCUUGUCCGUCUUUCCCGCCACUUCCGCCGCUACCACCACCACCACCAUCGUCGUCGCCGCAGUCGCUGCUGCUGCCUCGGGCGCAACGGGGCCGCCUAGGUACUCAUGUACUACCUACCUUACAUACUACGCACUGUACUCGUGGGUAGGCAAGUACAUGGAACCCGGCCGCGGAAACAGCCCGCCCUCCUCCUCGUCCUUCGCACGCGCACUACAAGCAGCCAAACAAAAACACCAAGGCGCGUCGCGCGUUUUUUUGCAAGGCCGACGCGCCGGUCCCGGUGCGCAAUGGGAUGGAUAGGAUGGAACAGACGGAUGGACGGACGGACGGUCGGGGCCACGCACGCAUCUUUUACGCAUUAUUGUAUUGCAUUUUUCGUAGGUUUCUUUCUAUCUUCUUUCAGAAUGUCAGCUACGUGGGAAUGCUUUUUUGUUUUGUUUGUUUUGCUGUGCUUGUGGUUCUUGAUGAUGAUUCUCGCCCUGGCGAGCGAGGUGCGUGCAUCCCAGCACCAGUGUUUCGCGCUCGUUCGCCGUCGUGCGUUUGUUUGGCGCAUCCGUGCCGUACAUCGCCGUCUUUGUGCCAUUAGGUUAUUUUUCCGCCGCUGGUUGCGUGCUUGCGGUUUGAUGUCCGCAGAGUCGUGGGGUCGCGACUGGGGCCGCCUGCCCGCCAUGCCAGACUUACUCACUUCCUUAUCUGAAACGAGCCGUGUGUGUUGUAUAGCUAUUGUAGGUGUGCAGUUCUCACCGCCCGUUGCGAGCGCUGUCUAUCUGCGACGGUGGCAGGGACAGGGCUGAGGGGGUGUACGGAUCCGUACGUCUUGUGUGACUGUAGCUAGGACCGUGG